AUGUGGAAAUACGGACUAGAUAACGUGCUGUCAAACGCGAGUCGUGGCAUUAUAAACCAGGACGAUGAUCAGUUACUGGACAAAAUGCGUCAGUGUCCAGAUGUGGACGUCUUUUUGCCCUCGGUGCUCCGAGACCAUGGCUACUGCGAAGACGCGGCUGCCUAUAUGAAAUUUCUAGAGUCGCGGAUCCUUCCGGCGUGGGCAAUCACAAUGAAGUACGUGGACAACACAACGAACGAGACGUUCUCGUACCACGACUUGUGCCCGAAGACGCCCAUGAUCGUUUUCAAUCACUACUGGGAUGACUUGACCAAGUCACCGGAAUGGCCUGCAACGAAACCAUUGUAUCUCAUGCCGAACAUUGAAAUGUAUGAGCUGACGGCUGAACACUAUUGGGCUGUGGACGUCGUGCUUUGCAAGACGGCCAUCUGUGCUCGUUAUGUACAAAUGUGGUAUCAGCAGGAGGGCAAUCCGCGUCAUACGAAAGUGCUGUACACGAGGCACACGACGUCAGAUAUUGCAACGUUGGCGAGAACACGGCUUGGCGAGGAUGCAAUCAAGCCAAGGAACUGGUCGGAUGUGCAUUUUAUCCAUGUUAUCGGUGGUAGCGCUCAAAAGGGAACUACUGCUGAUGUUGGAUUGCUGGCUCAGUCGCCCGGACUUUCCUCCCUUGGAUGUGUACGUAGACAAUUGGUUCUACGACGAGCAUCUGAAGGAUCAAUAUGA